UCACCCUUCCAAUUUCCAUUUCGCGCGCACCACAGAGGAAGAUGGUUCUUCUAUGCUUCGUCUUGGAUCUGCGAAAUAUCUCUCCUCAUACGCUUGAACACCUUAAGCAGUCGUUUCUUCAGCUCGGCAAUCUAUACUCUAUUUCUUCUCCGGAAGGUUGUGUUAGUGAUCGGAUCGGUUUGUGCUAUGUCCUGAAGGAUUGGAUUUCAGGCAACGAUCAGUUGAAGAUCGCUUACAGUCCCAGCCAGAACUUUGAUCUUCGCGAUUUUCACCUUGCCGUUAGCAGCUUGCCUGUAGAUGCAGUUGUCCCUGAAAUCAACGAAUCUGGAGCCAUCUCUUGCAAUGAUCUUGAGCUUUCAAGUGUUCUGUCUGAUCAAGCAUUGUAUUCUUGGGGAGACAAAGACACGAUGAGGAAAAUUAUCGUGCUGAGUUCGUGCUUUCCUGAAAAUAUCAAUCCUGAAGCGAAAAGCACUCUAAUGGCUGCAGCAGAUAAAUGUGUAUCAGUUGAGUUUCUGCUGCUUGAGCAGAAAGCAAGCCACCUGAGUUAUGUGCAAGAGAGGACGAACAAUUUCCUUAGAUGCAUAUCAGAUCUCGACAAUUGUUCGCUUCAAACCUCUAUCCCUGAUGCAAAAGCACUUCAUGGGCUCGUGAAGCGAUGGCUGCAGGAUUUAAAGGAUGAGAUGGGAGAGGCACUGCAGGCUCAAUUUAUCUUCAAACAUAACCUUGUUGGGUCAGUGAACAAGAUCUUCUGCAAUUUCACUGCAGCUGUGAAUAAGAUCAUUGAUGGAUUUAGCCCCUGUCUGACAUGCCAGUGCCAAGGCAUGCCAUUAGAUGAUGCAGUGGCAAACAAAACAGAGUUGCUUUCAUGUCCCAUCACGGAUCAUGAUCUGGAAAAGCUUGAUGUGAUCGAAAAUUCUGAGAAAGUUGGUGACAGGACUGUUCUGUUUAUGUCUUCAGUCCAGAGCUUCCAGAAACCUCAUCCAAUUUCUUCACCAAUAGAUUUCAACGUCAUAGAGAGAACUAACUUAAGUUCUCUUUGCGAAGGUCUAAUAAUGGGGACACCUUUCAUUGUAAGUCCUUCAGCUUGUCACGAAAUGGAAGCUGCUUCAGAAGAAACUGAUCAGUCAGAUUUGAACACUCAUAUUUUUCAGGGACUUUGUUUUGCAUUAUAUUCAAUGGACCAAGGCUUGGUUUGUACUUCAAACUGUAACAUGGAAACCAUGAGGGUAACAGAAUUUCAUUGCUAUUACAUUCUUCAACCAUCAGAAAAUGGUCCAAUGCUUCUGAGGAGAUUGGCUGGAUCAGAAGAAGUCUCGCCUAUUUCCAGCAUCACUCGGUUUGUCGAAUCCUCAGUUCCUAGAGAAAUUGAGGCCUCUGUGAAGAACUCUUUGUUAGAGCAGAUAGAAUCAUCAGACUAUGAUCCUCUGAUGCACAAGAGAGGGUUCCAUGAAAACAUGAAUCUUAGAGUGAAGUCAAGUCUUCAAUUCAAGUCAGUAGUAUCUCCAAAACCGAAGGAAGUAACAUAUGAAGCAAACUCAACAGUAUCGAAUUCUCUACAAGAAGCUAUACGACGGUUUCCAGAGACAAUUAUAUGCAUUGAAGAAGACACCAAUAAGCCCGAGCAGAUAUCUGAGGAGGAAGAAGAAGACAAAACAACAGCUUCUAUUACCAAAGAAUGGGAACAGUUGAUUGUCACUGAAGUUCCCAGAAAAUAUUCCCCGCCUUCCUCUACACCCAAACUGAACAAACAAAUUGACACGAAAACUUGGAGAAUAUUGGAGAGAUUGGAAGCGCCAAAGCAGAUGAUGAGAGGAAAGAAUGGGUCACCAAAUAAGAAACCUUUGGUGGUGCCUCCUAUGACAAGUCGUGCACCAUCUGCUUCUGCUACUGAACAGCUUGUCUCUUCAAGCCAGCUUAUGAAACCCAACUUCCAGAGGCCGAAACGUAAGCAUCACUGAGUUUGUUGCUUUUCAAGGAAUCAGGUAAAUAAAUUCUUGCGAUGCUUGUACCAGUUUGCAUCCAGUUAUAUCCGGUUUAGUUCAGUAUUAUUUUGCAUAAUCCCCUGCAGGUGGACGUUUUGGGUUUCUAUUUGGUAUUUUAUCGAGUUUGAUUUAAGAACGAUUCAUUUGGUUCUAUAGAAAUUGUAUCAAACUAGAAGUAAAUGUUACUCGGUUUAGUUUGAUUUUAUUAUUGGUUCGGUUGGGAAGGGUUUUAUUA